AUGUCCAAAUCGGGUCGCGGUCUUCAGAGAUUGUGUUUUAAUCUCUACAUUUUCUAUCUUUGCUAUAAUUCUCCAGUUUAUCCCACCGCUCAUGCUGAGCUGGUCGUGGCCUCUGCUGGUCAGAGUGUGAUCCUGCCCUGCAGUGUGAAGAUCUCAGCCACAGAUGACAUCCAAACAGUGGAGUGGUCCAAGAAGGACCUGAAGCCAGUCGUAGUCUUCUUGUACCGCGACGGCUGUGAGACCUUCGAGAUGAAGGAUCGGGACUUUGAGUAUCGGACCAGUCUGAUCAUGAGAGAAAUGAAAAACGGGAAUGUCUCCUUAAGGAUCUCCAACGUGAAGCUGUCUGAUGCAGGAACGUACCGAUGCCUAAAGAUCCUGAAGAAUGGCACCAGAGAGGAGAGCAGCGUGGAGCUGGUUGUUGUUGCAGCGUCUGACCUGAAGUUGGCGCUGCUUCCUGCUGACACCAGAGGAGUGACUGUGGAGUGUGAGGCCAGGUGCUGGUGGCCGUCUCCAAAGAUGAUGAUCCAGGAUGAAAAUGGAAACAACAUCACUGAUGAAGAACCCAGAGAAGAGCAAACGGGAGGAUGCUUCAGCGUGAAACACAGAGUCACGCUGCUGAAACACACCAGCAGGUACCAGAGAGGUUCUCAGCAGAUCCUUUAGUGUAGGAACAUCAGAACGUCCAUCCUGGGUGGAAGGAGAUG